GUGUGUGAGGAUCAGCUGACAGACUCUCCUCUUCCUCCUCCAUCAGACUGACAGCUCCUCCUCACACACUCGGGUUCCUCUCCACCUUCCCGUCUCUGGCGUCUCGUCUGUCCCCUGAGUCCAGCGUCCCCCCCGCCGCCGAUCCAGCAGCCUGGGAUAGAUGUUGUUGGAGUGGAUGAUGAACGGACACGCCAUUCUUUACACGGGGGUCACUGUGGCCUUCUGGACCACCAUACUCGUCGUCGGCCUCUGCUACACCAUAUUUGACCUUGGUUUCCGCUUCGAUGUGGCAUGGUUCCUCACGGAGACCUCUCCCUUCAUGUGGGCCAAUCUGGGAAUUGGUUUGGCCAUUUCUCUGUCAGUGGUAGGAGCUGCCUGGGGGAUUUACAUCACAGGCUCAAGCAUCCUUGGUGGUGGUGUCAAGGCUCCACGAAUCAAGACCAAGAAUUUAGUCAGCAUCAUCUUCUGUGAAGCUGUUGCGAUCUAUGGGAUCAUCAUGGCCAUUGUUAUCAGCAACAUGGCUGAGAAUUUCAGUGGAACAACCCCCGAGACCAUCGGAGCGAGGAACUAUCAAGCCGGUUACUCCAUGUUUGGAGCCGGUCUGACUGUGGGCUUUUCCAACCUCUUCUGUGGCAUCUGUGUCGGCAUCGUGGGCAGCGGAGCGGCUUUGGCAGACGCCCAGAACGGCAGCCUCUUCGUCAAGAUCCUCAUCGUGGAGAUCUUCGGCAGCGCCAUUGGCCUGUUCGGAGUUAUUGUAGCCAUUCUGCAGACGUCGAAAGUAAAGAUGGGCGACUAGAGGGCUUUCACACACUGAGAAGAUGAAAUGACACUGCUGGAAAACAAAAAAGAUGGAUUAUUGUGUAUAUACAUCGUAAAUUAUUUAAAUGUCUCUAUUUGCCUCGUUAUCUUUAACCAUUAUUCAUUCAAGAGUGGUUGGUGCAUCGGUUUGAAGUUGAAGCAAGAAAAUGUCAAUUAGUGUAAAGAAAAACCUACAUUACCUGAAGGAUUGUACAUUAAGAUCAUCAUAAACAUUUUCUGACCACUCUUGGACGAAUGAGGAGUUAAAAAUUACACUAGACUAUUUGAAAAUAUUUGUGUGUGUGGCUGUGUGUGUGUGCGCGUGUGUGUACACUGGAUACGUGAUUUCUUUUUUUCUAUUUUCCUGUGAAGCAUGAGUGUUUCCCUUUGUGUUUGUAGCUUGGUCUGUCAUUUUUCUUUUUGUUGUUGCAUCUGUUUUUUUGCGUAUGAGCAAGUGGCCCUUACUUCACAUCGUGGCCCAAACCCAGUAUUUGCCAGCUCUCUUACUUUAGUAUUCAGACAGAAUCUGAGGGGUUUGAAUUAAAAAUCAUUAUAGAGAGGUAAGAGGACGGAUCCCAGCAGCAGAUCUGCUCUGAAUAUGUUCUCCUGUCAUUCACUUCAUUACUUGCUGAAACUUUUCUUCAUUUGAAAUCCACGAGAUUCUUGAACGUCAGCCACAACUCCCGUUUUUUCCCCAGAGUGUCCUCGACUUUUUGAGUUCAGUUGAUGUUAAGAGGGAAAUAAAGAUGGCCGCGCUUGAAGAUGGCUUUAGAAAACCUGAUCGGUCACAAGAACAAACAAACAAACUUCUGUCCUCUCUUCUCUGUAGAUUUGUCAACCUUAUCUGUUCUUAGACUGGAAAGGAGAAUCAUUUAUUUUUAUAUAGCUUAACCUUGGUUGUAAGUGCAUGAAGUCUUUCAGAAAUUAAUACUGUAUAGGUGCACGAGUCCCCUGACUUGUAAUUUUAGCAAUCUCAGGUGCUCUGGUUGCCAAGACUCUGGGUAAAAACUAUCACCUUGACUUCCUCUUCAUGUUACACUAAAAUCCACUGCUGACAUUAAUAUCAAAUGUAAACUGUUCACAUCUGUUUUCCUUUGUUUUCUAACAUUCCUUUGUUCGUGUAAAUCGGAGUUGUGUGAGUGGAGUCCACAUUGACGAUAAGAACCCCCUGGUACAUUACAACAAAGCUGUACACUCUUGAUGUUAUUAUCAACUGGCUGCUGUACAGUAUUUCAGGUGUAAUUAUUUUAUGUCAACUUAUAAAUCUGGAUAAAUAAGUUAUGUUUCCUGAGGUUCCUGAACCUUGGGCAGCCAGCUGACGUCAUAGAAUAGAGUGGAUGUGGACUCUGAGUGCAGAAUGCUGCAAUAUUCAGUCUCAUGUUUGUUGGUGACACACAUUUUGUUCUUUAGGCAUCAUUCCACAUGGAUGACAGACCACAGCUCAUUGUGACUUGUCUGAUAUCUUUCUUUGACCCUUCUUGUGAAGCUCUGAAAGUGAAUAGUGAACAUUGAAUCUAACAAUGGGGGGGGGGGGGGGGACUGAGUAGACUCAAGAAUAUGUAGACCCCAAGAUGAAACUCCACCAGGCUCUGUGCCACACCCCUGGCUUUCAGUGACUGUAGUUGGUACUGUGUGUUUACUUUGUUGAUGUGAUGGUGAUGAGAUAAUAACUGAUGUUUUUGACGUUGUGUAUAAUAAGAAAAACAGAUCAUCCUUCUGGCUUCAUAAAUGUCCUUGAGAAAAAUAAAAAAGGUCCAAUCAAGAUCUCUGAUUCAA